AUGAGCGGCCGCAAGAACAAGAUCGCCUACUUUUACGACAAUGACUACACGGGAUACUACUACGGGCCAGACCAUCCCAUGAAGCCGCAGCGCAUCGCCAUGACGCACCAGCUGGUGCUGGGCUACGGCCUGCACAAGCACCUGGACGUUUAUCGCCCGCGGCUGGCCCAGUACGAUGAGCUGACUGCCUUCCACUCAGAGGAGUUCAUCGAUAUGCUGCGCAGCACCACUCCAGAGAUGCAGGCAAGGCGGCGGGCCCAGGGGCAGGCGCUGCACAGCAUGCACAGCAUGCACAGCAUGCUCAAGGCCAAGUGGGACAGCUACCUACGGUGGGGCAUCGAGUACGACUGCCCCAUCUUCCACGGCCUCUUCAAGUUCUGCAGGCAAUACGCGGCGGCCAGCAUCGACGGAGCCUACAAGCUCAACCAUGGGCAGGCAGACAUAGCCAUCAACUGGGCAGGGGGACUACACCACGCCAAGAAGGCGGAGGCAUCGGGCUUCUGCUACAUCAACGACUGCGUGCUGGGCAUCCUGGAGCUGCUGAAGCACAACCCGCGGGUGCUGUACAUUGACAUCGACAUCCACCACGGCGACGGCGUGGAGGAGGCCUUCUACACCACAGACAGAGUGAUGUGCGUGAGCUUCCACCUGAAACAGGAGUGGGGCGGGCAGCCCUUCUUCCCCGGUACGGGAGCGCUGGAGGAGAUUGGAGAGUACCAGGGCAAAGGGUACAGCCUGAACGUGCCGCUGGUGCAAGGCAUCGACACGGAGCAGUACCUGGGCCUGUUCAAGCCUAUCAUUAGCAAAGUGAUGGAGGUGUUCCAGCCGGGAGCCAUCGUGCUGCAGUGCGGCGCCGACUCGCUGGUGGGCGACAGGCUGGGCAUGUUCAACCUGACUCUGGAGGGGCAUGCAGAGGCGGUGCGCUAUGUCAAGUCCUUUGGCCUACCCAUCCUGGUGCUGGGCGGCGGCGGCUACACCAAGACGACAGUAGCGCGGGCCUGGACGCUAGAGACGGCCGUGCUGUGCGAGCAGGAGGUGGAGGAUGCGCUGCCGCAGCAGAUGUACCUCGAUUACUUCUCCCCAGAGUACCGCCUGCACUACAACCGACGACCGACCUGGCCCAACCAGAACAAGAAGGAGGAGGUGGAGCGCAUCAAGACCACGCUGCUGCAGCAGCUGCAGCAGCUGCAGGGGGCGCCAGGGUUUGCGAUGCGGGAGCGUCCGCCCGACGCCCUGCUGCCGGAAUUUGCGGCAGAAGAUGAGGACCAGGUGCACAGCCGGCUCAAGGGCUACGUCAAGAUGCACUUUGAGCACAACCUGAAGUGUGUGGAGAAGGGGCUGAUCGACCCCUACAACGCAUGA